AUUUAACUACACCGCAGCGGAUAAUAAUAAUAUCUUUGUCCCUUUGGAAAACUAUGCCCGAGGAUCGAGUUCCCCCUUCGGGAUCUAACGUCAGCGCUGCUGCCACACCAUAGGGACUGGUACUAACUCUCCGCUCCUGGACGAUGUACCUCUGCCGUGCAUUGCCUCGGAUACCGGUAUCGCGAAGGACGAGUAGGAGCUUGAGCUCUACAAACAUAAUCCUCGCUGCUGGUUGCUUUCUACUUCGAUAUUGAAAUAUAAAUUUUUACUCAUUAUUCAAGUUUGUGGUCUUGCUUCGCUGUACAUUAUUUCCAACUCGGUUCCACAUCUUCCGAUAUGGCUUCUCAACAACAAUUGAAGACUCCUCUUACGGAGCUGCUCGGUAUCAACCACCCCGUCCUUCUCGCCGGGAUGGGUACCGUAGCAUCUCCUAAGCUCGCUGCUGCUGUCACCAAUGCUGGCGGUUGCGGUGUCAUCGGUGGUGUUGGCUACACCCCGUCCGGUCUCCGGGAGCAGAUUGCCGAAAUUAAGGCCAAUUUGAUUGACAAGAACGCGCCAUUCGGUGUGGAUUUGUUGCUCCCCCAGGUCGGCGGUACUGCUCGCAAGACCAACUACGAUUACACCAAGGGCAGCCUCGACGAACUAGUCACCAUCAUGAUCGAGACCGGCGUCAAGAUCUUCGUCUGCGCCAUCGGCGUUCCCCCCGUGGCGAUCGUCAAGCGCCUCCACGCCGCCGGCAUCUUGUACAUGAACAUGAUCGGCCACCCCAAGCACGUCGCCAAGUGCAUCGCCGCCGGCGCCGACAUCAUUUGCGCCCAGGGCGGCGAGGGUGGCGGCCACACCGGAGACGUUCCCACGAGCGUGCUGAUCCCGGCCGUGGUGGAGCUGGUGAAGGGGCACCGCAGCCCGCUGACGGGGGCGCAGGUGCAGGUGGUCGCGGCCGGUGGGAUGUACUCCGGGCGGUCGCUGGCGGCAGCGUUGAUGCUGGGCGCCACCGGGGUUUGGGUGGGGACGCGGUUCAUCAUGGCGACGGAGGCGGGGGCGUCGAAGUACCACCAAGAGGCAGUGAAGACGGCGAACCACGAUGAUUCGGUGCGGUCGAUCAUCUACACCGGGCGGCCGCUGCGAGCGAAGAGGAACGCGUACGUGGACGACUGGGAGGAAAACCGCGCGCAGGAGAUCAAGGACCUGACAGCCAAGGGCACCUUGCCGGUGGGGAAUGAUUUGGAGAGGAAGGAUCUAGAUGCCAAGCAUAAGGAGUGGGUGGAGGAGUACUGGAACCCGCAGUUGAUGGGCAAGGUGGCGGCAGUGCUGGACAAGGUGCAGCCCGCAAAGGAAAUCGUGGAUGAGAUUGUUGGGGAGGCUGUGAAGGUGAUUGCGGAGGGCAAUUCUCUGGUUGUCUAUGCCAACCAUCCGUUGAGGUUCAAGGCCCAGAUGUAAUUUGGCGCUCUAUCAAGAUUGAAUAGCGACGUUUCAGCUACGGUAUCUCCAUAUCGAAUUGUUUGACAGCUGGCCCAUUUGACAUAUAAAGCGGUUUACAGUUUUGGUACAGUUUCUACCUUCUUUCCCGACGCCUUCAGAGCGUACUCCGAAAGUGCCAUCGUCGCCUCCGUCUCGAAUAGGCAGAGGAAAAACGGCCCAUCAUCAACU